AUGGAAGAUCAAAAGAAAACCGAUGUAAUUAAAAACAUGCGAACAGUCCUACCACCAAUUAACUUGAAAGCAACAGACCAACCGGAUGCUUCUACACAGAAGAACACCCCCACACAGAGCUCGCCACAUAUGCAGAGCAAACAGCCGAGAAUAGCACCAGUUGCGGAUCCAUCGCACAUACCCAAUAUUACGCCACCAAAUAUGAUGAUGUAUGGGUAUAGGCAGCCGGAUAGAGAGCGGGAGAGAGAUCGGGAUGCGUCUGGAGAGAAGCAGGAUCGGACUGGAGACAGGCAAGGAGAAAGGCCAGGAGAAAGGCCGCCGCAUAUGCACAUGUCAGGCCAGGGGGGGCGAUACAGAGUGCACCCCUCAAAUGGGUAUGUUCCAUACAAUCCAUAUGGAAAGGCUCCUCUGGGUUAUCCUCCAGGCCGGCAGCCCCCGCAUGCGCAAACUAGAUAUUAUCCGCCAUCUCGGCAGCAUCCAUAUAUGGGAGAAAUACAUCCCCCAAGGAUGCCGACAGACAAAAAGCCCCCUAUGAUGCAGCAUCCGCCGCAGCCGAGGCAUAUGCAGCCAGGCCAUCCACAGGGACCAGGACAUCCCCCUCAUGGACCAAGUGCACCUCACUCAGCGCACGGACCAGCAGCAAUACUCAUGCCAGAGGCAGGAGGGAAUAAUAAGGUGCAGAUAAAGGAUGCAAUGCGGUAUCUGGAUGUAGUGAAGGAAGAGUACAAAAACAACAAGGAGGUGUACAGCAAAUUCCUAAAGACUAUGAAGGACUACAAGGACCGGCACAUAAAUGCAAAGACUGUGAUAGAAAUAAUGCUUUCUAUAUUCAAUGGGAACCAGAAGCUUAUCCAGGGAUUCAACCAGUUCCUGCCAAAGAAGUAUGAAAUUCUGCCGUCUGGCGAGGUGAAAAUGCACGGGGAUAGAAAGCCAGAGGAGAGAGGAGAGCGCCCGAGGGAAGAGGGGGCACCAAAGUAUGCACCUUCGCAGGGAUCCAGAGAGUAUAAGCAGCACCCAUCGCAGGCAAUGCCGCAGGGGCAGCAUAUGCAGUAUGAUCCUCGGAGAGACUUAGAAGGGCUGGGAAUAGGUAUAAAGCCGCAGCAGACCCGAGGGGAGCACGAUAACAUGGGAAGAGUUGUUAAUUAUCUUAACAAGGUAAGAAAGCACUUGGAAAACAAUCCGUCUGCCUGGUUUGAAUUUCUUCGAAUUGUCCAGUCGUACAAGAACAGCAGAGAACAAAAGCCAAUUUCAGAAAUACUUGCAAGCAUUAAGGUACUGCUGAAGGAUGACCCAAUUCUUAUUUCUGAGUUUAUGGUGUUUCUGCCGCCGCAGGAGAAGAGAGCCGCGCUUAGACCAGGGCAGAGGCCACCCCCUCCAGCAGAUUCUCUGACCAUGUUGCAUGACAUUCGAAAUAUUCUCAGCAGAAAGGGCGUGUAUAAGGAGUUUGUGAAGGCGCUUAACAUGUUUAACCAGGGGCUUCUUAACACGAAUGCACUUCUUUUAAUAGUGGAACCAUUCCUGCGGGGGUCUUCCACACUUUUCAGUUUAUUCCGCUACUACAUUGGGCACAGAGAAAUAAAUGCACCGCCGCACGUGCAGAGCAAUCUGGAAACGUACAAGAAGGUUGGAUCGUACAGAGUUCUUCCAGAGAAGUAUCGGCACUCCAUGCACACUGGACAGAGCUCAGACGAUGCAUCUGUUCUUAACACUGGAUAUGUGGCGUGUCCGACUUUUUCUAGCGAGAGCUCUACGUUUAUUUUUGCAAAGAAAAACAGCCACGAAGAGGCUCUAUUCCGCAUAGAGGAUGAAAGGUACGAGUGUGAUGUGCUUUUAGAGAGGGUGUCGUCUUUUAUUUUGAAGUUGAUGGAGCAUGAGGCGAUUGUUAUUGAAGAUGCAAAUGUAUCAAAAGAGCACAACAAAUGUCCGAUUCCUCCUCUUAAGCUAUCAGCGCUUGAUAAAGAUCUGAUUAGUUCGGUAUACGGCUCCUCAUGCGAUGACAUAAUCCUGGGAAUCAUUGCCCAUCCAAUUCGGGCGAUUCCUGUUAUUCUGAAGCAGCUUCGAUCGAUUGAGGCCCAGUGGAUUAAAUCACGCACAGCAAGCAUGGAAGUGUGGAGGGCAGCAGUAGAUAAGAACUACAUCAAGGCGCUUGAUGCAAAGGGGUAUAAAACGCGCAGCAGCGAAAGAAAGACCACUCUUCUGAAACAGUUCACAAAGGACCUAGACUCACUGGCAGAGGUCUCUUUCUCUCUUACUUCUAUGCCUGUGUGCUCUGAAGUGUUUGACAUUCUUAUUACAGGGAUGGAGGGUGAAAGCGAGAGCGACCGGGCAAAGACUCUGCGCACACUUAAAGACAUUUCCCUGCGAGACGGCGUGUUUUUGGGAACUCCUGAGAUAUACUGUGCACUAAAGGGCAUUUCAACAAUCUGCAACCGAAUAUAUGAUGCAGUAAAUGGAAAAAGGAUCAAGCCUCGUAACAACAAGAUAGCUACAGACCUUGGCCUGCAAGCACAGGAGCCAUCUGAGCCUAUUUCACAGGACGAGAUUCUUUUAACUAUUAGAACAUACAUUCUUGAGGAUAUGGAAAGCAGUGAAUUUGAAGAGAAAAUGCUCAGCAAUCUGGGCAUACCAGGCGCAUCCCUUGUGGGAAUACUUGGAGUCUUCCAGGGCGUAGAGUCCAUGCUGGAUACUAUGAUGGAGAACAAAGGAUCAAUUGAAAUGCUUUCUCGUCUAGAGAACAGAACCACUAUUCCAAAGUCAAAUGCGUCAGAGCUGCUUGUUCGUGGUAUAAACAUAGUAAAGAUAUCUGUCCAGUACAGCGAGGAUUUAUGUGGUUUGAAGGCUUCCAAGAUAACACAGCCGCACAGUACAUCAGCAGAUUGGAUCGACUAUGUAAAGAACUACAGCAUAGAAAGUGAAGGCGAUGCAAGGACGCCUUUCCUGCAGAGAAGUGUUAUUAGCAAAAAAAGAAAGACCGAGGCAUGCUACGGCAUGGAGUCUUUAUUUACUGAAGGAAAGUUGAAGAUGCAGUACAUCCCAGGCACAGAGGAUUUCAUAGCAGCAAAGAAGACAAAAAUAGAAUAACCUAAAAAUCUGUCCGUUUAAGAUAUUUAAAAAUAACGGGAACUACUCCCCUUUCUGCCCAGCAGAUAUUCUAAUUAAUUUUACGGCUUCUCUUGGUUUCCCAAAUGUCAUUGAAACCACCCCUGCGCAAUGCCAUGCAAAAGAAAAUUUAAUUUAUGGAUUUAUUUUCUUCCUGCAUAUUUUACAUGUUCAAAUAAAC